AUGCACGCCACCUCCGCGAGCGCGUGCUCGGAGACGCACGCGCGCGUCGCCGCGCGCGCGUCCACCUCCGGGUCGCGAUCGCGCGCGCGCGCGACGCCCGCGCGCCUCCCGCGUCGCGGCGUGGGAAUAACAACAACCACGUCGUCGCCGUCCGCGUCGCUCGACGCGACGACGACGCGCGCGCCGCGCCGCCGCGAGGCGGCGUCCUCCGCGCGCUCCCGCGGCGUCUCCGUCGUCGCGCGCGCGUCGUCCUCCGCGCGCUCCCGCGGCGUCUCCGUCGUCGCGCGCGCGUCGUCCUCCAUGGGCGGCGGCGCCGCGCGCGACGACUCCGACGCGCGCGAUCUCCCGCGGACGUCGCAGCAGCAGAACCCCGCGGCGGAGUACGAUCUCGAGAGCAUGAAACCCAAGCGCCCGCCGAAGGCUGCGUCGGACAUGCCGCCGCCGCCGCCGCCGGAGCCAUCGAUGGCGUCGUCCAGGACGAAGAACGGGAUCGCCGCCGCCGGCGGCGGCGCGGGGAGGAAGAAGACGAACGACACCGGCGUCCCGCCGCCCGCGAAACCGGCGGAGCAAAAGUCGCACCCGCUGCACGCCAACGCGGCGAACGCGACGAAGAAGAAGAAGUCGAAGCCGGGUAACGGUAACGCUUCGGAUCCGAUCGUUACCCCCGCGGGAACGGAGAAAAUCGACGGCGCCCCGGGCGGCAAGGCGGUCAAGGCGAGCGAGAGCGACGACGCGAGGAACAACGUCGUCGCGCCGUCGCCGUAUAAAAAAGAGGAUGAAAAGUUCGCGCUCGACAAGAAGCGCAUGGAGCUCAUAAUCGAAGAAAAGGAGUGGGACCUCGCAGAGAUGGAGCACGGCGAGGAGAAGAUGGACAAAAUCAUCGAGUACGUCCACGCGGUGGAGCAGUACAAGGAGCUCUGCGUCGCGAAGGUGCCGGACACCGUGAGCGACCUGCUGUCGCAGUACGUGCGCGUGUACUGCCUCGCCCCCGGAGCGACGGGGUACGAAGAGGCGCUCGACUUCCUGUGCCUCGGCGAGGGCGAGUCCGAAGACGAGAUCGACAUGAACGCGUACGACGACGACCGCCGCGUCCGGAACUGCGGCGUCAUGGACCUGAGCGAGGUGGAGCGCGUGAUUCGAAUGCUCGGCGGCGAAGAGGCGGCGGAGGACUCAGACGACGACGACGACGACGACGACGACGACGAGACGGGCGGGAACUCGUUCAAAGGCUUCUCCGGGAGCCCGUACAAACCGGACAACAAGCUUCACAUCGCGCAGGACGUGGACGGCGACUGGAGGUGGCUCGAGGACGACCUCGGGAGAGCGCUCCCCGCGCGUCCGAACGGCGAUUACUCCGUCAGGAUGAUGUCCGUGGAGGAGAUGGUGCACCUCGGUCUCAACGUGAACUCGCUGCACGAGGAAGUCGACCCCGCGGAGCUCGUGGACUUCUCGUCGUGCAAGAGCUGGGACGACGCGAUUCGCGUCGGGAGGGAGGUGGAGAGCGCGCUCGAGCACAUGAGAGCGGACGGGUGGGAGGUGGACACCCGGGCGUGGUGCAGCGAGGCGGAGCACCUCGUCGUCGUGAAAAAUCUGACGCCGCUGCGGACGAUGUCGCACGUGGACGGACAGAAGAAGAAGAAGACGACGCCGAGGGGGAAGAAGAAGGGGAGGAAAGGGCCGACGGCGGCGGCAUGAUUCAAUUUUUUGGUCGGCAUUCAUUUUAGACGCACACGCAGUUGAUUUCAUAACAGGCAUUCUAAGGAUUUCAAAUACU